CACAGGUGCGAGGAGAUUCUGAUUCCGAAUCUUCUCCAGCUGGCGGUGGGCACGCGCUCUGGGCAGCGUUCCAUUCCUGGAUCGCUCCGGGGUUGCCGCGCAUUCCCAGCAACGCGAAGGGCAGGAGAGAGAGAGAGAGAGAGAGAGCAGCAGCAGCAGCUCACCCCGUUUGCAUGCGAGGCUCCCGCUGCCGACCAAAGCGAACCUUUUGUGUGGAGGGGCUGCCGUUUUCUUGUGUGGUUAGAAAGCUUCCGUUGCCUUCAUCGAGGCAGCACACUGGAGGGAGGAAAAGUACAUGCGUUUAAAAUACAUUCAUCAAGCACAGGUACACCACACGGCUGGAAAGAAUGGUGGACUUGGAAAAUGAAGUGCCUCCUCUUCCUCCAAGGUACAGAUUUCGCGACUUGCUCCUUGGAGAUCAAGGUUGGCAGGCAGAUGACAGAGUACAAGUUGAAUUUUAUGUGAAUGAAAAUACAUUCAAAGAACGUCUGAAACUGUUUUUCAUCAAAAACCAAAGGUCAAGUCUGCGAAUACGCCUGUUCAAUUUUUCUCUCAAGCUACUAAGCUGUUUUUUGUAUAUUGUUCGUGUGUUACUCGAUGAUCCUAAGGAAAGAAAUGGAUGUUGGGGCUGUUCCAGUCAAAACCACAGUCUCAGCAAGACUGACCGGUCUCCUAUAAUCUGGGUAGAAAGAAGUCUUCCCUUAUGGGGUUUACAGGUUACGGUUGCCUUGAUAAGUUUCUUUGAAACAAUGCUGUUGGCUUAUCUCAGUUAUAAGGGGAACAUUUGGGAACAAAUUCUACGAAUACCCUUCAUCCUGGAGAUGAUCAACACUGUGCCCUUUAUCAUCACAAUAUUUUGGUCGCCUUUAAGAAAUCUAUUCAUCCCAGUGUUUCUGAAUUGCUGGUUAGCCAAGCAUGCCCUGGAGAAUAUGAUUAAUGAUCUCCACAGAGCAAUCCAACGAACCCAGUCUGCAAUGUUCAACCAGGUUCUUAUUCUUAUAUCAACUUUAUUGUGCCUCAUUUUUACUUGCAUCUGUGGAAUACAGCAUUUGGAAAGAGCAGGGAAUAACCUGACACUGUUUGACUCCCUUUACUUCUGCAUUGUCACUUUCUCUACUGUGGGGUUUGGCGAUGUCACACCCAAAGUAUGGCCUUCCAAGUUGUUAGUGGUCAUCAUGAUCUGCGUUGCCCUUGUAGUGUUGCCGAUACAGUUUGAACAGCUGGCCUAUCUAUGGAUGGAGAGACAGAAAUCAGGUGGAAACUAUAGUCGCCACAGAGCACAGACAGAGAAGCACGUCGUGCUGUGUGUCACUUCUUUGAAGAUUGACCUGCUCAUGGAUUUUUUGAAUGAAUUCUAUGCCCAUCCCCGUCUCCAGGAUUACUAUGUGGUGAUUCUUUGUCCUACUGAAAUGGACAUACAGGUUCGAAGAGUACUGCAGAUUCCAAUGUGGGCACAAAGAGUGAUCUACCUACAGGGAUCAGCAUUGAAAGAUCAAGACCUUCUGAGGGCCAAAAUGGAUGAUGCUGAAGCUUGUUUUAUCCUUAGCAGUCGAUAUGAAGUUGACAGGACAGCUGCUGAUCACCAAACCAUCCUGAGGGCAUGGGCUGUCAAAGACUUUGCACCAAAGUGCCCCCUCUACGUUCAGAUAUUGAAACCUGAGAAUAAAUUUCAUGUCAAGUUUGCAGAUCAUGUUGUAUGUGAAGAAGAAUUCAAAUAUGCCAUGCUCGCUCUAAAUUGCAUCUGUCCAGCCACAUCAACACUGAUUACUCUACUUGUUCAUACUUCCAGGGGCCAGUCAGCACCAUGGGAGGCAUUUAGACAACUAACUGGAACAAAGCAGACCAUAAACAGGGAUGGUCACCAAACACAUGAGCAGUGGCAAAAGAUGUAUGGCAAGUGCUCAGGCAAUGAAGUCUAUCACAUUAAAAUGGAAGACAGCACAUUCUUUGCUGAAUAUGAGGGCAAGAGCUUUACCUAUACUUCCUUCCAUGCACAUAAAAAGUAUGGAGCCUGUCUUAUUGCUGUAAAGAGAGAAGAAAAUAAAAAUAUUUUACUUAAUCCAGGUCCUCAAUAUAUCAUGAGUUCCACUGAUAUCUGUUUUUAUAUUAACAUUACCAAGGAAGAAAACUCAGCUUUUAUAAAGCAAAAUGAACAAAGCAUAAAUAGUAUAUCAAAUACUAUGUAUCAUGGAGCUUCCAGAUUACCUGUUCACAGCAUCAUUGCUAGUAUGGGCACAGUAGCCAUAGACCUCCAAGAUACAAGGUGUCGACCUCCAACUGGUCCAACUUUGACCCUUCCUUCAGAUGGCGAUAAAGAAUGUAGGAGGUCUAGUAUUGCUCCAGUUUUAGAAGUAGCAGAUGUUUCAUCAAUUCAAGCCUGUGAGCUUCUAAGUGACCAGUCGGAGGAUGAAGCAAAUCCUUCUGAUGAGGAAGCAUCCUUAGCAAUUGAGUAUGUUAAAGGAUACCCUCCAAACUCCCCCUAUAUUGGAAGUUCUCCAACCUUGUGCCAUUUGCUGCGGGAGAAAGUUACAUUCUGCUGUCUUAGGUUAGAUAAGGGGUGCCACCAUAAUUACUCUGAAGAUGCAAAAGCAUAUGGUUUCAGGAACAAACUGAUCAUUGUUUCUGCAGAAACUGCUGGAAAUGGACUAUACAACUUUAUUGUUCCUCUUAGAGCUUACUACAGACCAAAGAAAGAGUUAAACCCCAUAAUCCUGCUUCUGGAUAACCCGCCAGAUGUACAUUUUCUGGAAGCAAUCUGCUGGUUUCCAAUGGUUUACUACAUGGUUGGCUCUAUUGACAACCUAGACGAUCUGCUGAGGUGCGGAGUGACGUUUGCUGCCAAUAUGGUUGUGGUAGACAAAGAAAGCACAAUGAGUGCUGAGGAAGAUUACAUGGCAGAUGCCAAAACUAUAGUAAAUGUGCAAACACUUUUUAGGUUAUUCUCCAGUCUCAGUAUUAUCACAGAAUUGACACAUCCAGCCAAUAUGAGAUUCAUGCAGUUCAGGGCCAAAGACUGCUAUUCACUAGCUUUGUCUAAACUUGAGAAGAAAGAACGUGAAAAAGGUUCCAAUCUGGCAUUCAUGUUUCGUCAACCAUUUGCUGCUGGCCGUGUCUUCAGCAUCAGCAUGUUGGAUACUCUACUGUACCAGUCAUUUGUGAAGGACUACAUGAUUUCUAUCACAAGGCUACUUCUAGGUCUGGAUACCACACCAGGUUCUGGAUUUCUCUGUGCUAUGAAAAUCACAGAAGAUGAUCUGUGGAUCAGGACAUACGGCCGGCUUUAUCAGAAGCUUUGCUCCUCAUCAGGAGACAUUCCCAUUGGUAUUUAUCGAACAGAAUCACAAAAGCUCACAACAUCAGAGUCGCAAGUAUCCAUCAGCAUCGAGGACUGGGAAGAUACAAAAGAUACCAAAGAGCACAUGGGUUAUCGCACCAACCACUAUCACCGGAACUCCACAUCCAGUGACCAAUCGGAUCAUCCCUUACUAAGGCGUAAAAGCAUGCAGUGGGCAAGGCGGCUGAGUAGGAAAGCACCAAAACACUCCAACAAAAUAACAGAAAGGAUUAAUCGCCAGCGCAUGACGUUAUGCAAAAGGUCAGAGAGACAAGAGCUGGCUGAACUAGUAAAGACUCGAAUGAAGCAUCUAGGCCUUUCAACAACGGAUUAUGAUGAAAUGAAUGAUCACCAGAACACUCUGUCAUACAUUCUCAUCAAUCCCUCACCGGAUACAAGACUGGAACUGAAUGACGUUGUCUACCUGAUCCGGCCUGAUCCUUUGGCUUAUGUCCCAAACAGUAAACCCAGUCUCAAGAUCAGCACCUGUGAGAAUAGUGAAGGAGGACGGGAUACAAAGGAAAACACCCAGCUUUAGUUAACUGGUCAGCGUUGUUGGAAAGAUCACAACAAAUUUCAAUGAGAAGUUUUAUGGUUGUCAGCAUUAACUUAAACUGGGUAGGAAACAAACACAUUUGUGUUUGUGACUUGUUGGAAACACUGUGGCCGUGACUAAAUCAAUUAAACCAAUGUAUGGCUGAUCAAUCUGACUCACGGAUGAAGUCUCAGAGUGAUUCAAGUAAGCUUGAAGCUUUUCAUCAGUACCUAGCCAUGUGCUAUCAUUGUGGCUCUGUUUCUCAAAAAUGUUAUUAUUAUCUAGGAAAAUACAUGUAAUGGAAGAAAUGCAGUGAAAUUAAAUCCAUUUCUAGCCAUCUAUCUGUUGCAGGGUAUUGAAAUCUGACAGCAAAUAAGUCCUCAUUUAAUAAGCACUAGGAAUGCAUCUGUUAGUGGAAAAAGGCAAUUAGGAAUUAACAUAUUGGUAUUCAAGGGUUAAUUUGGAAGUAGUCCCACAUAUUAGUAGUUGAAAGGUACACUGCUCUCUGUAUUUUGUUCUCUCAAUAUAAAAUAAUUUUAUAAACCUUAAACACCAACUAAUAGCUCAAGUCAAAGGAACAGUGAGCAACUUACAUUAGCAGGAAUUCUCCUAUCCAAUCUCCCUCUCCACUUUGCCUGUUCCAGAACCAAGUUUAUUUCCCAGGGACCAGUACUUAAUGCAACACAGCUGGGGAGACUGUGGUAAGAAGUCAUGAAAUAUCACUGCGGAGCUCUGUCGCAAUGUGGCACCGCACUGACAAUAGAACAAUAAGUAGUUUCUGAAACUUCCAUAAAAUUGAAUGCCAGUAUCCAUACACACCCAAUCAAUGCUAAAUGGCCAAGACUAACCUGUAAUUGUCUUAAUUGCCAUCCUCCUUCUGACCAUUAUCUUUUCUGAUACAUGGACAUCAUGAGGCUUUAUUUUAGGCUGCUCACCCUGCAGGCAUGGUUCCAGUGUAACAUGGUCCUACUGCAUUUUACACCACUGCUCAUCCAAAUGACACCAACUGCUCUGGGCACCAGUGCAGGAAAUUUGGGCAACCAAUGUCUUUGAUGGAUAGUUGUAGAAUUUAGCCAAUUGUCUUUUAAAAACAAGAGCAGGGACUUUAAGGGGACAGUAACUACCAAUAACAACAGCUAGGAUGUGUAUUGAACACAAUACUAACCACAUCUCCAUGAACUUGAAGUGUAAACAAGGAUGACUAGUAUGUAAUAAAUAUCAGGCAUGGACCUUUUUAGCAUUUGUGAGAAAAUUACUCAAACAUUUUCUAUUAAAUAUUAUAAAAAAUGUAAUAUAUGUAAUUUGCCAAAAAGAGUAACAUUAUAUAAACUAUACUAUAAUAUAUAUUAAGUAUUUUUUGUUUACUUCUCUUUUGACUGACUGAACAAAGGCAUUAUUGUGUGGUCCUGAAUCAUGAAUAGAAAUAUCACAGGUUACCUCACUGACAGGUAAAUUGUUAACCCAACAGGAUAAAUGAUGUGUUGUAAUACUGAA